AUGGCAAAGCUGGGCGAAGAGGACCCGCGAUGGAUCGUGUCCGACCGCCCUGAUGGCACCAACAUCAACGGUUGGCACUGGGAAGAGACGAAUAAGAUGACUUUUUGCAAAGACUAUUUCGAAUCGCAGUUGAAUACUGAACAGAACGUGUCGUUCGGGGAGAAAUGGUUUCGAUUGGUUUCGGAAACGUUCGGGAACAAAUCGAAUGUUGUCGUCCGAAAGUUCUCGAUCUCGAACGCAUCCGUCGAGGGCGAGUGUUCAGUCUCGACGAGGAAAAAAGGGAAAAAGUUUGGCGUGUUCGAUUUGAAAGUGACGAUGCAGUACGAGGUGGAGGUGGAGUGCAUGGUGAAGACGAAGAAGAAGAAGAAAAAAGAAGAGGAAAACGUGGACGGAUUAGACGGAGAAGAGGAGGAAGAGGAAAAAGAAGAAGAGGAAACGAAAGCGUGCGCGGUGAAGGGCGAGAUUUCGUUGAAGGAGUUUUCCAGCUUGAACGAAGCGGAGGAGUACGAGUGGACGACGAAGACGACUGGUGGCGAGGAAGAGGCGAAGGCGAUCGUGAAGACGUGGUUCACGAGGCCGGUGUUGGAGAAGAUGUUUGCGGAAACGCUGGAGACGUUUGUGGAGAAAAUGAACGAGUUUUGCGCGGAGUGA